AUGCCGCCUAGCGCUGCAGGUGCAUCCUAUCCGUCCUUGCCGUCAGACGAUGUUAGUCCUAACGUCUUCGGAACGAGCGGCACGAUCUCGAAGAGAAAGGAGGACAAAAUUUACGGGCACUACAUUGUCGGAGGAAACUCCCAGAAGAAACAAGAAACCCACAAACUCUGGUCUACGCGCGUAUGUACGCUCAGCCCUGAAUUGUUCGGGAAGUUCUCUUUGGUGGGCAUGAAGCCGCUGAAUCUCAACAUCGAAGCAGCUGUUAAGGCCAUCCAGGAGAAAGUUGGACUUCUAGGUCCGUGGUUAAGAAGGCAAAACCAAGGAGGUAAGCAUCUCCCGAACCGGUGCCUACGCGUAGUUGUACUUACAUGUAAACAGAACAUCUACCUAGUAAAGGCCGAGAUUAA